AUGCAACCUUUGGUCAUGCAGGGAUGCUCUUAUACCCUCCCACGAUGUCAUGAGUGGCGUGCUGCAGACAGGGUUCAUCACGGCAGCAGCCUCAGAAAUACCUGUCCCCAGCCUCAGGUUAGAGCUGCGGUCACCAUCCCUGUACCUCCUUGGGAUGGUGCCGGGGAUCCCUGCCUAAGUCCAAAGCUCUUGAAAGGGUCUUUUGGAGCCAUUGGCCACCUGGAACCAUCAGCCAUGAAUCUGUGUUGGAAUGAAAUAAAAAAGAAGUCCCACAGCCUCCGCGCUCGCCUAGAGGCCUUCUCAGACCACAGUGGGAAGCUUCAGCUCCCGCUCCAGGAGAUUAUUGACUGGCUCAGUCAAAAGGAUGAGGAGCUGUCAACUCAGCUGCCCCUGCAAGGGGAUGUGACCCUGGUGCAACAGGAGAAGGAGACACACGCGGCCUUUAUGGAAGAGGUCAAGUCUAAGGGCCCCUAUAUCUACUCCGUGCUGGAAUCGGCUCAGGCUUUCCUGUCCCAGCACCCGUUUGAGGAAUUAGAGGAGCCCCAUUCUGAGAGCAAAGAUAACUCCCCCAGACAGCGAAUUCAGAAUCUUAGCCGCUUUGUGUGGAAGCAGGCAACAGUGGCCAGUGAGCUGUGGGAGAAGCUGACAGCCCGCUGUGUGGACCAGCAUCGCCACAUUGAGCAUACUCUGGAACAUCUGUUGGAGAUCCAAGGCACAAUGGAGGAACUGAGCAGUACUCUGGCCCAAGCAGAGGGAGUCCGAGCCACUUGGGAGCCCAUUGGGGAUCUCUUCAUUGAUUCCCUCCCAGAGCAUAUCCAAGCCAUCAAGCUAUUCAAAGAAGAAUUCUCUCCUGUGAAAGAUGGAGUGAAGUUAGCGAAUGACUUGGCCCACCAGCUUGCCAUUUCUGAUGUGCACCUGUCAAUGGAGAACUCCAGGGCUCUGGAACAGAUCAACAUGCGGUGGAAACAGCUCCAGGCGUCAGUUGCUGAGAGGCUUAAGCAGCUCCAGGAUGCCCACCGGGACUUUGGGCCUGGGUCACAGCACUUCCUCUCCACUUCUGUCCAGGUUCCCUGGGAAAGAGCAAUUUCUCCCAAUAAAGUUCCCUACUACAUCAACCACCAGGCUCAGACUACAUGCUGGGACCAUCCCAAGAUGACUGAGUUAUACCAAACCCUAGCUGAUCUGAACAACAUUAAGUUCUCAGCUUAUCGGACGGCCAUGAAGCUCCGCAGAGUCCAGAAGGCCCUGCGCCUGGAUCUGGUAACUUUGACUACAGCUCUGGAGAUCUUCAAUGAGCACGAUCUGCAGGCCAGUGAACAUGUGAUGGACGUGGUGGAGGUCAUUCACUGCCUGACUGCCUUGUAUGAGCGGCUGGAGGAGGAAAGAGGCAUCCUAGUCAACGUGCCACUGUGUGUAGACAUGAGCCUGAACUGGCUUCUCAAUGUUUUUGAUAGUGGUCGCAGUGGGAAGAUGAGAGCAUUGUCCUUUAAGACUGGCAUCGCGUGCCUGUGUGGCACCGAAGUGAAAGAAAAACUUCAGUACCUCUUCAGCCAAGUGGCCAAUUCAGGCAGCCAGUGUGACCAACGCCAUCUUGGUGCCCUGCUUCAUGAAGCCAUUCAAGUGCCCCGUCAGCUGGGCGAAGUGGCAGCGUUUGGGGGCAGCAAUGUGGAGCCCAGUGUCCGUAGUUGCUUUCGUUUUAGCACCGGCAAGCCAGUCAUCGAAGCUUCCGAGUUCCUAGAGUGGGUCAACUUGGAGCCGCAGUCUAUGGUGUGGCUGGCCGUUCUGCAUCGGGUCACCAUCGCUGAGCAAGUAAAGCAUCAGACCAAGUGCUCUAUCUGUAGGCAGUGCCCCAUCAAGGGGUUCAGGUACCGGAGUCUGAAACAGUUUAACGUGGAUAUCUGUCAGACCUGCUUCUUGACAGGCAGAGCCAGCAAAGGCAACAAGCUCCACUAUCCCAUCAUGGAGUAUUACACUCCGACCACAUCCAGUGAAAACAUGAGGGACUUCGCCACGACCUUAAAGAAUAAAUUCCGCUCAAAGCAGUAUUUCAGCAAACACCCUCAGCGAGGUUAUCUGCCUGUGCAGUCAGUGCUGGAGACUGAGUGCAGUGAGACACCGGCUUCUUCCCCGAUGUUGCCACAUGCGGACACACACUCUCGAAUUGAGCAUUUCGCCAGCAGGCUUGCUGAGAUGGAAAGUCAAAAUUGUUCCUUUUUUAAUGACAGCCUGUCCCCAGAUGACAGCAUAGAUGAGGACCAGUACCUGGUGCGACACUCGAGCCCCAUCACAGAUAGGGAGCCAGCCUUUGGACAGCAGGCUCCGUGCGGCAUGGGGACAGAAAGCAAAGGAGAGCUAGAGAAGAUCCUGGCCCAUUUAGAAGAUGAGAACCGGAUUCUCCAGGGAGAGCUGAGGCGCCUGAAGUGGCAACAUGAGGAAGCAGCGGAGGCACCCACCCUGACUGAGGGCUCCAGUGAAGCCACUCCGGACCACCGCAAUGAGGAGCUCCUGGCUGAAGCCAGGAUCCUGCGGCAGCACAAGAGCCGCCUGGAGACGCGCAUGCAGAUCCUUGAAGACCACAACAAGCAGCUGGAGUCUCAGCUGCAGCGCCUGAGGGAGCUGCUCUUGCAGCCACCUACUGAAUCAGAUGGCAAUGGCUCUGCAAGCUCAUCCCUGGCUUCCUCGCCACACCAGUCAGAAGGCGGUCAUCCACGGGAGAAGGGCCAGACUACCCCAGACACUGAGGCAGCAGAUGACGUGGGGUCAAAGAGCCAGAAUGUCAGCCUAUGCUUAGAAGACAUCAUGGAGAAACUCCGUCAUGCCUUCCCCAGUGUGCGAAGCUCCGAUGUGACUGCCAAUACCUUGCUGGCCUCUUGA